GAGAGUGGCCGUUUCAACGGCCUUCUCCAUCUCAAAAUUCUUGUUGGUCUUCAACUUGAACCAUUUCCUUUCCUUCUAUUCUAGACCCCCAUUUAUUUUCUUACUUUCUCUCCAUUUUCUCGGGAAAAUAAGAGCCUGGAAACAAUUAAGAAUUCCCAUGUUUUUUUCUGAAAAAAAUAAAUAUAUUAUAGUACAUUCUUUAGCCUGCAUCACCAUCGUUGUGUUGCUCUUUUCAUUUUCAUAAUCAUUCAAAAACGGUGCGUGUUGUUUUCAGGCCAUAAGGUAAUACCAGCAAGAUUUUCAUUUAUACGUUUUUUUGGUUCUUCCAAGUUUUCAAUUUGUAACGUUAAAUUUUUAUACUUUUUAUUUAUUUAUUUAUUUAUAAAGAUGCAACACAAUAUAUUUACAACAAUGCGUAGUUUAAAACUCAUAGAUGGUUGUAAAGGGACCCAGGUGUUCACCAUCAAUCCCACCAGCAGCAGCGGCGCUGCUGGUGGUGGUGGUGGUGGUGGUGGUGGUGGUGGUGGUAGUGGUGGUGUAGGGGAUAAGUUACUGCAUCACCUUCAGGACCAUUUGAGAGUUAAUUCAAUUCGAUCAAAAUCGAGUCGAACUUAUCAAGCUCCAACCCAGAUUCCAAGUAUUGUAACAGAGGCAGCUCUUCCGUAUGGAUUACCUAUUACAGAUCUUAUUGAGCCCCAGAUUGAACCUUGUCUCAAAUCCGUUGAUUGUGUUGAGACAUUUGCUGAUUUGUAUCGUAGGAUUGAAAGUUGUCCCCAGUUUGAGAAAACAGGCGUGUAUUUAGAACAAUGUGCUAUAUUCAAAGGAUUGCCUGAUCCCGAAUUGUUUCGGAGGAGUCUCCGAUCAGCCAGACAGCAUGCCGUUGAUGUGCACACAAAGAUUGUUUUGGCUGCGUGGUUGAGGUAUGAGAGGAGAGAAGAUGAACUUAUUGGCACAACUUCAAUGGAUUGUUGUGGAAGAAAUCUUGAAUGUCCUAAUGCUAGUUUGGUGUCCGGAUAUGAUCCUGAGUCGAUUUACGAUCCUUGUUUAUGCACUAGAGGUUCAAGAGGAGAGUUUGAUGAUGAUAUUUUUAUGGGGGAUGAGGAGUGUUCAACUUCUGAUGAAGAUGGGGACAUGUCAUUUUGUAUUGGAAAUGAAGAGAUUAGGUGUGUGCGCUACAAUUUUGCCUCAUUGUCGAGACCAUUUAAGAGAAUGUUGUAUGGUGGGUUUAUAGAGUCAAGAAGGGAGAAGAUAAAUUUAUCACUGAAUGGGUUUUCAGUGGAGGCAGUGAGGGCUGCUGAGAUAUUUAGCAGGACAAAAAGGUUAGAUUUUUUGGAUCCACAUAUUGUUUUGGAGCUCCUUUGUUUUGCUAACAGGUUUUGUUGUAAUGAGAUGAAGUCAGCUUGUGAUUCUUAUUUGUCAUCUCUGGUUUUCAACAUGGAGGAUGCUUUGUUGUUGAUUGAAUAUGGAUUGGAGGAGACUGCCUAUCUUCUUGUGGCUGCUUGCUUGCAGGUGCUUUUAAGAGAGCUUCCCAGUUCGAUGCACAAUCCUAGUGCAAUGAGAAUCUUUUCAAGUGCAGAGGUGAGGGAAAAAUUGGCUGUGGUUGGGCAUGCUUCAUUUCUGUUGUAUUAUUUCUUAAGCCAGAUUGCUAUAGAGGAAGACAUGAAAUCAAACACAACCGUGAUGCUUUUAGAAAGACUAGGGGAGUGUGCGACUGAAAGUUGGCAAAAACAACUUGCAUUUCAUCAGUUAGGUGUUGUGAUGCUUGAAAGGAAUGAGUAUAAAGAUGCGCAAAACUGGUUCAAGGCUGCUGUUGAGGCUGGUCAUAUUUAUUCUACAGUGGGUGUUGCAAGGACAAAGUUCAAGCGUGGGCACAAGUAUUCAGCAUAUAAGCUAAUGAACUCGCUCAUUUCUGAUUAUAAUCCAGUUGGGUGGAUGUAUCAAGAACGUUCUCUUUAUUGUAUUGGGAAAGAGAAGAUGAUGGAUUUGAGCACUGCAACUGAAUUGGAUCCAACUCUUUCUUAUCCGUACAAGUAUCGAGCUGUUUUGUUGGUGGAGGAAAACAAGUUCCAGGAAGCCAUCUCAGAAAUCAACAGAAUAAUUGGUUUUAAGGUCUCUCCUGACUGCCUUGAAUUGCGAGCUUGGAUUUCUAUUGCCCUCAAGGAUUAUGAAGGAGCUCUUAGAGAUGUCCGGGCACUUUUGACUUUGGACCCAACUUACAUGAUGUUUUACAGGCAACUGCACUGUGACAAAGUGGUAGACACUUUACAACCACUUGUUCAGCAGUGGAGUCAGGCUGAUUGCUGGAUGCAGCUGUAUGAUCGAUGGUCCUCUGUUGAUGAUAUUGGUUGCUUGGCUGUUGUACAUCAUAUGUUGGCAAAUGAUCCUGGGAAGAGCCUUCUAUGGUUUAGGCAGUCUCUCCUUCUUUUCCGGCUAAAUUUUCAGAAGUCUGCAAUGCAUAGUCUACGGUGGGCUAGAAAUCAUUCCACGUCUGAGUAUGAGAGGCUUGUUUAUGAAGGAUGGCUAUUGUAUGACAGUGGUCAUCGUGAAGAAGCACUAGCUAAGGCGGAGGAAUCUAUUGCUAUUCAGAGAUCAUUUGAGGCAUUUUUCCUUAAAGCCUAUGCGUUAUCAAAUUCAAGCACAGAUACUGAAUCUUUAAUAUAUGUGACUCAACUUUAUGAGGAAGCUCUAAGGUGUCCUUCAGAUGGCCUUCGAAAAGGACAAGCAUUGUAUAAUUUAGGUAAUGUCUAUAUAGACUGUGAAAAGCUGGAUCUUGCUGCCGAUUGCUUCAUGAAUGCAAUUAACAUCAAGCAUACUCGAGCUCAUGAGGGUCUUGCAAAAGUAUACUAUCUGAAAAAUCAACGCAAAGCUGCAUAUGAUGAGAUGACAAAGCUGAUAGAGAAGGCCCUGAAAAAAGCUACAGGUUAUGAGAAGCGUGCAGAGUACUGUGAUCCUGAUGCCGCAAAGAGUGAUCUUAGUAUGGCAACACAACUUGAUCCGACGAGGACAUUCCCAUACAGAUACAGGGCAGCAGUUCUAAUGGAUGACCACAAAGAAGCUGAAGCAAUGACAGAGCUUUCAAAGAUCAUAGCAUUCAAGCCAGAUCUGCUGUUGCUGCUACUUCAGCGAGCUUCGUUUCAUGACUCAAUGGGCGAUUUUAUCUCCACCAAAAGAGACUGCGAAGCAGCCCUCUGUCUUGAUCCCAGCCGUGACCUUGCUCUUGAACUCUACAAUAAAGCACAGGAGAGGCUUGAUGAACAACAACAAAAGUGAAAGUUUCAAGUUCAUGUUGGUCUUAUUUCUUCAUCGUCUUUAUGUGGGCAAUUUAUUUGUUGCCAACUCUUUUUCUUUUUCCAUUACACGGCCAAUGUUAGUCUGAGCAAAUUAUUUUUUAGAUUUUGUCUCUAGUACAUUCUACUGCAAAAUUGAUGGUCUGAGAGAGUAGGCACAGUUUGGAUCUUUCAGAGAGAAAAAAAAAAGAAAAAAGAAAGACACUAUAGAAGGAAGAAAUGAAAGUUCGAGGAGCAAGAACAUGUAAAUAUGUUUUCUGGGAUAUGGAUUUGAUCUAUUGAUAAUUUAAGUAUUGGUGCCAUUACCAUUGCCCCUUAUAAAACUCCAAAAUGGUGGUCAAAGAAACAACGUAAAUGAAAAAUGGCAGCUUGUGGUGAUGAAGUCCGUCUAUUGUAGAGUUUUACCGAUGUAUUUGUUUUUGUUUGUUUGUUUGUUUGUUUUUUUCUUCCGGGUACAUAACCAUGUAUUGCAACUUUUAUCAUGCUGUGCGUUGUAUUAUUUUACAAGCUCUGAAUUUUUCCCUUAAACAGAGAGAGAGA